CAUGAGGAGGCGCUGAGAUAGACAGUGGUUCCGUCCAAUAGAUGUGAAGCCGAGGCCGUCAUGAGCCAAUGCGGUCGGGAGGCGGGGCUUCUGGUGUGUGGCUUGUGUGUGUGUUGUCUGUGGAAGGGCCCCUGGGGUUAGCAGCCGCUAUCGCAGGGUUGGAUGUGCAGAGCAUCAGCGGUCGGCGUCCUCGGAUGUUGUGUUGGCCGCCACCAUGAGCUACACAGGCUUUGUCCAGGGAUCUGAAACCACUUUGCAGUCGACAUACUCGGACACCAGCGCUCAGCCCACCUGUGAUUAUGGAUAUGGAACUUGGAACUCUGGGACAAACAGAGGCUACGAGGGCUAUGGCUAUGGCUAUGGCUAUGGCCAGGAUAACACCACCAACUAUGGGUAUGGUAUGGCCACUUCACACUCUUGGGAAAUGCCUAGCUCUGACACAAAUGCAAACACUAGUGCCUCGGGUAGCGCCAGUGCCGAUUCCGUUUUAUCCAGAAUUAAUCAGCGCUUAGAUAUGGUGCCGCAUUUGGAGACAGACAUGAUGCAAGGAGGCGUGUAUGGCUCAGGUGGAGAAAGGUAUGACUCCUAUGAGGCCUGUGACUCAAGGGCCGUCCUGAGUGAGCGUGACCUGUAUCGGUCAGGCUAUGACUACAGCGAGCUUGACCCUGAGAUGGAAAUGGCCUAUGAGGGCCAAUACGACGCCUACCGUGACCAGUUCCGCAUGCGUGGCAGCGACACCUUUGGUCCCAGGGCGCAGGGCUGGGCCCGGGAUGCCCGGAGCGGCCGGCCGAUGGCCUCGGGCUAUGGGCGCAUGUGGGAAGACCCCAUGGGGGCCCGGGGCCAGUGCAUGUCUGGUGCCUCUCGGCUGCCCUCCCUCUUCUCCCAGAACAUCAUCCCCGAGUAUGGCAUGUUCCAGGGAAUGCGAGGUGCGGGCGCCUUCCCUGGCAGCUCCCGCUUUGGCUUUGGGUUUGGCAAUGGCAUGAAACAGAUGAGGCGGACCUGGAAGACCUGGACCACAGCAGACUUCCGGACCAAGAAGAAGAAGAGAAAGCAGGGCGGCAGUCCUGAUGAGCCAGAUAGCAAAGCCACCCGCACGGACUGCUCGGACAACAGCGAUUCAGACAAUGAUGAGGGCACCGAGGGGGAAGCCACAGAGGGACCUGAAGGGACCGAGGCUGUGGAGAAGGGCUCCAGAGUGGACGGAGAGGACGAGGAGGGAAAAGAGGAUGGGAGAGAAGAAGGAAAAGAGGAUCCAGAGAAGGGGGCCCUGACCACCCAGGAUGAGAACGGCCAGACCAAGCGCAAGUUGCAGGCAGGCAAGAAGAGUCAGGACAAGCAGAAAAAGCGGCAGCGAGACCGAAUGGUGGAAAGGAUCCAGUUUGUGUGUUCUCUCUGCAAAUACCGGACCUUCUAUGAGGACGAGAUGGCCAGCCACCUAGACAGCAAGUUCCACAAGGAACAUUUUAAGUAUGUAGGCACCAAGCUCCCUAAGCAGACAGCUGACUUUCUGCAGGAGUACGUCACCAACAAGACCAAGAAGACAGAGGAGCUCCGAAAAACUGUGGAGGACCUUGAUGGCCUCAUCCAGCAAAUCUACAGAGACCAGGAUCUGACCCAGGAAAUUGCCAUGGAGCAUUUUGUGAAGAAGGUGGAGGCAGCCCAUUGUGCAGCCUGCGACCUCUUCAUUCCCAUGCAGUUUGGCAUCAUCCAGAAGCACCUGAAGACCAUGGAUCAUAACCGUAACCGCAGGACACUGCUAUAAACAGAAUCACAUAACGUGGUCUUCUGUGAUUGGCUUCUUUCACUGAGCAUGAUGUUUUCGGGGUUCAACCACAUUGUAGCGUGUAUCAGAGCUUCAUUCCUUCAUAUGGCUUCGUAUUAUUCCAUCGUAUAGAUAGAUAUGCCACAUUUUGUUUAUCCAUUCAUCUUUUUGAGCAUUUGGGUUGUUUCCACCUUUUGGCUAUCAUGAAUAAUGCUCUUAGAAACAUCGUGCAAGUUUUUAUGUGGACGUAUGUUUUCAUUUCUCUUGAGUAUAUAACUAGGACUGAAAUGUCUGGAUCAAAUAGUAACACUUUAACCUGUUGCGGGAAAUGCCAGACAAUUUUCCAAAGUGACUGCACUAUUUUACAUUUCCACCAGCAAUCUGUAAGGGUUCCGAUUUUUUCACAUACUCACCAACACUUAUUUUCUGACUUUUUGAUCUAGUCAUCCUCGUGGGUGAGAAGUGGUAUCAUUGUGGUUUUGAUUUUCGUAGCCCUGAUGACUAAUGGCAUCUUUUCAUGGGCUGGUUGGCCAUUUUUGUAUCUUUGGAGAAAUGUCUAUUCAAAUUCUUUGUGCAUUUUUAAAUUGUGUUGUCUUUUUGAUUUAUUAGUUCUUUAUUCUAUAUACAAGUCCCAUAUUUGAUAUGAUUUGCAAAUAUUUUCUCCCAUUCUGUGGGUUUUUUCACCUUCUUGAUGUAUCCUUUGUAGCACAAUAGUUUAAUUUUCAUAAAGUCCAAUUUAUUUUUCUUUCAUUGCUUAUGCUUUGGGUGUCAUAACUAAGAAUCUAUUGAUAAAUCCUGGGUCACAAAGAUUUGCUCAUAUGUUUUCUUCUAAGAAUUUUAUGGUUUUAGCUUUUACAGUUAGGUCUUUGUUCCAUUUGAGUUCAUUUAUUUAUAUGGUAUAAGUUAAGGGUCUAACUUUAUUUUUUGCAUCUAGAUAUUAAGUUGUUCCAUCACCAUUUGAAAAAGAAAUGAAAGAGACUGUUUUUCCCCAUCGAAGGACCUUGGCAUCUUUGUUGAAAGUUAGUUAACCAUAGCCAUGUAGGUUUACUCUCAAUUCUAUUCCACUGUUCUGUACAUCUGUUUUUAUACCAGUUUGUACUGUAGCUUUGUUACUACUAGACUUUGAAACCAGGAAAUUCGAGCACUUCAACUUUAUUCUUCUUUUUCAAGAUUGUUUUGGUUAUUCUGUGCUCCUUGGAUUUCAAUGUAAGUUUUAGGAUCAGCUUAUCAGUUUCUCCAAAGAAGCCAGCUGGUAUUCUGAUAGGAUUGUGUGUGAUUUCUAGAUCAGUUUGGUGAGUAUUGCCAUCUUUACAAUAUUAAGUCUUCUAAUCCAUGAAUAUGGGAUGUCUUUUUGUUUACUGAGAUCUCCUUUAACUUCUUUCAUUUGUUUUGUAGUUUUCAGAAUAUAAACUUUGUUCUUUAUUGUUGUUAAAAUUAUUUAUAAGUAUUUUAUUUCUGUUUCUAUUAUAAAUGGAAUUGUUUUCUUAGUGCUUUUGGAUGUUUUUUUUUGGCAUGUGUUUAAAAAUACCAUUUUUUUUUUCAAAUAGGGUCUUACUCUGUUGCCCAGAUUGGAGUGCAGUGGUACCAUCAUGACUCAGUGCAGCCUCUAACCUCCUGGGCUCAGGUAAUCCUCCUUCCUCAGCCUCCCUAGUAGCGGGAACUACAGGCAUGUGCCACUAUGCUCAGCUACUUUUGGUAUUUUUUGUAGAGAUAGGGUUUCACCAUGUUGCCCAGGCUGGUCUCAAACUCCUGGGCUCAAGCAGUCCUCCUGCCUCAGCUUCCCAAAGUAUUGGGAUUACAGGUGUGAGCCACUGUGCUCAGCCAAUAUAUUGAUAUUAUAUCCUACAACCUCACUGAACUAUUCAUUUUUACUGUUUAAUAAUUUUAAUAAUAUUUAAACUAUGGCUGGGCAUUGAGGCUCAUAUCUGUAAUCCUAACACGAGGAGGUAGAGGUGGGAGGAUCACUUGAGCCCAGGAGUUUAAGACCAGCAUGGGCAACAUAGUGAGACCCUCUCUGUACAAAAGAAACAAGUUAGCCAGGUGUGGCGGCAAGUGCCUAUAGUCCCCACUACACAGGAGGUUGAGGUAAGAAGAUGGCUUAAGCCUACGAGGUUGAGGCUGCAUGGAGCUAUGAUCAUACCACUGCACUCCAGCAUGAGUGACAGAGCAAGACCCUGUCUCUAAAAAAUAAAAACAUAAAAUAAUGUUUAUCAGUUCUAAUAGCUUUUAGUGGAUUUCUUAGGGGUUUCUUUGUACAACAUGAGUCAUCUGCAAAUAGAGUUAGUUUUGCUUUUUCCUUUUCAAUCUAGAUGCAUUUUAUUUCUUUUUCUUACCUAACUGCCCUGGCAAGCACCUCCAAUACAGCAUUGAAUAGAAGUGUGAAAAUGGAUGUCCUCGUCUUCUUUCUGAUCUUAUAGGGAAAGUACCAGUCUUUACCAUUUGUAUGAUGUCAGCUGUAGGUUUUUCAUAGGUGCCCUUGAUUGAAUUGAGGAAGUUCCCAUCUAGUCCUGUUUUAUUAAAUGUUUUAUCUUAAAAUGGUGUUGGAUUUUGUCAAAUGCCUUUUCUCCCUCUUUUGAGAUGAUCAUGUGGCUUUUGUCUUUCUGUUGUUACAGUAUGUUACAUUAUUUUAUUUGGAUAUAAACCACCCUUGCAUCCCUGGGAUAUAUCCUGCUUGGUCACAGUAUGUAAUUAUUUUUAUAAAUUAGAUUAGUUGUGCUGGUAUUUUGUUGAGAAUUUUUGCAUCUCUAUUCAUAAAAGAUAAUAGUCUAGGUUUUUGCUGAUACAGUUUUCUGGUUUGGGUAUCAGGUUAAUUAAUACUGGCCUCAUACAGUUAUCAUUUUUCUUCUUUUUCUGGUUUCUUGGAAGAGUUGUGAAGAACUAGUAUACUAGUAUUAAUUCUUCAAGUGCUUGGUAGAAUUUGCCUGUGAAGCCAUCUGGGCCUGGCUUUUGUUAAGUAGCUUUUUUUUUUUUUGAGACAAGGUCUCACUGUCACUUAGGUUGGAAUGCAGCAGUGUACUCUCGGCUCACUGCAACUUCCACCUCUCAGGCUCAGGCAGUCCUCCCAUCUCAGCCUCCCAGGUCAGCCUCCCAAGUAGCUGGGACAUAAAGGCAUGUGUGUCGCCAUGCCUGGCUAGUUUUGGUAGUUUUUUGUAGAGAUGGGGUUUUGUCAUGUUACCCAGACUGGUAUCAAAUUCCUGGACUCAAGCAAAUCUGCCUGCCUUGGCCUCCCAAAGUGCUGGGAUUACAAGCAUGAGCCACUGCGGCCAGUCAGUUAACUAGCUUUUCUUUUUAUUAUUACUAAUCAGUCUCCACUUGUUAUAGGGUAUAUUCAGAUAUUCUGGGUUUUUUUAGACAUCUUAGUUUUAGUAAUUUGUGUCUGUCUAGAAAGUUUCCUAUUUUACCUUUUAAAAAAAAAAUAAAGACAGGGUCUUGCCACUAUAGGUAUGAGCCACAGUGUCCCUCUGAGAAGUCAGCUUUUACCCUUAUUGGGGUUUCCUUGUGAUGAUUUGUCUCUGUCUUGCUGCUUUCAAGAUUUUUCCUUUGUCUUUGACUCUCGGCAUUUUUAUUAUAUCUUUUUGGGCAUCUCUCUGUGUUUAUUCUACAUGGAGUUUGUUGAGCUUCUUUGAUGUACAGAUUACAGUUUUCAUUAACCUUCGGAAGCUUUCAGCCAUUGUUUCUUCAAGUGUUGUUUUUCCUACUCCUUUAUCUCAUUACUCUUCUGAUGCUUAUUACCCGUAUGUUGGGUCUCUUAAUGGUGUGCCAUGGUUGUCUGAGACUGUUCAUUUUUCCUCACUUUUUUCUCUCUGUUCUACAGAUUGUGUAAUCUCUUUUGAUCCACAGGUUCAGUAAUUCAUUUCAAAUCUAUUGCUGAGUCCUUCAAAUGGAUUUUUCGUGUCAGUUAUUGUACAUUUCAGCUCUAAGAUUUUAACAUAUUAUAAUUUCUACCUCUGUGUUUAAAUUGUUUCAUGAGACAGUGGCAUACCUUCUACCUGAGUUUUCUUUAAACAUAUUUAUAAUGCUAGUUUGAAAUCUUUGUUGAAGUUGACAUCUGGUCACUGUAACAGGAAGUUUCUAUUGUCUGCUUUUUUUAAUUUGGGCCUGGGUCAGAGUUUCCUUUGGAUGUCUCAUAAUUUUUGAUUGUUAACUAGACAUCUUAGAUAAUUCGUUGUGGCAGCUCUGGGCACUGAUCCCGCACCCACCCUCCCAGCGUCUUAUUACUGUGUUUGCCUAUCUAUUUGUUUAGUGAGUAGCCAGAUUGUUUUAGUGAGGUCUCUUUCAUCCUCACACAGUAUGAAACUGGUGAUGUGUCUUGGAGGGAGGAAGCCAUGGGCUUGCUCUUUUUUUCCUAGGCUAUACUCAGCUGUUAAACUCUACCAAUUGCUGGCUGAUUCCUUUAUUGUUUUCAACAAUAUUUUGGGGCAUAGAUUGCUGCCCAAAGCUGAUCCAAUUAAAUUUGGGCUCCUUUAUAGGGAUGGCUUCUUGUUGUUGUUGUUUCUCCCCCGAGACAAAGUCUUGCUCUGUCGCCUAGGCUGGUGUGCAGUGGCACAAUCUCGGCUCACUGCAACAUCUGCCUCACCGGUUCAAGCAGUUCUCCUGCCUCAGCCUCCUUAGUAACAGGAAUUACAGGCACAUACCACCAUGCCUGGCUAACUUUUGUAUUCUUAGUAGAGAUAAGAGUUUCACCAUGUUGGCCAGACUGGUCUCAAACUCUUGACCUCAUGAUCUGGCCGCCUCAGCCUCUCAAAGUGCUUGACCUCGUGAUCUGGCCACCUCAGCCUUUCAAAGUGCUGGGAUUACAGGCAUGAGCCACUGCGCCCAGCCCUACAGGGAUGGUUUUUGAGGUUGUUUUAGAUUUAUUCGGAACCCAGGGAGGCCGUUUUAGCUGUUUUACUGGUCUUGGUCCUCUUUGGUAACCUAGUUGGCCUGUGGGUUAGCUAAUACCACUAUCAAAUCUAUGGGUCUUUCUUUUUUAUGACUGUGUAGUAGGAAAAAAGAACAAAGCUAUCAGUGUCCUUUUAAUUUUUUUUCUCCCUGGUCUCCAUUGUUUUUAAGAAAGUCUCUAGUCUUGCACUUCCCAACACUCUUGCCAAUGAAGUCAGUUCCUUUGAGAAGAGAUUGGGAGUUGACUGAUUUAAGGAUCUUUUCUCACUCUGGGCAGAAUCUCUGAGCCAAGGCUCUGCGGAUGGGAGACAAUGGAGUGCCUCUCUUUGAGUGACUGCCACUUUAGGAGAGACAUAAGAGGAGGUACAGUGGGCUGUAGCCUCUGCUUGGUUUGCCUUUCCUGGCAUGGGACCUCGGUUUUAUGAACAAGCCAGAAGUAUGUGAGCCCAGAGGAGUCAGAGGCAGGAGAAUCGCUUGAACCAGGAGGCAGAGGUUACAGUGAGCCGAGAUCGCGCCAGUGCACUCCAGCCUGGGUGACAGAGCAAGAUUCCAUCUCAAAAAAAAAAAAGAAACAAAAAAAAACAAAUGCUGAACCAGCAAAAUGUUCUUAGAAUUAAUAAAAUUUGGUAAGGGGAUAGGAUUCAAGAUAGCAUAGAAAAAGUAGUAGUGUGUCUCCAUUUUAGUACUAACCAGUUAGAAAUUUAAAUGGAAAAACAAAAAGAGAGACUUAAAUAAACUACACAAUGUAUAAAAUAGCUAAGAAUACAGAUUUAAGAAGAAAGACUUGAGGGUUGGGCACGGUGGCUUAUGUCUGUAAUCCCAGAACUUUGGGAGGCUGAGGUGGGUGGGUGAAACCUUUCUCCACUAAAAAUACAAAAAAUCAGCUGGGCGUGGUGGCUGGUGCCUGCAAUCCCAGCUACUCAGGAGGCUGAGACGGGAGAAUCACUGAAACCGGGGAGGCACGGGUUGCAGUGAGCCAAGAUCUCGCCAUUGCACUCUAGCCUAGGCAACAAGAGUGAAAUUCCAUCUUAAAAAAAAAGAAAGAGUUGAGAUCUUUAAGAACUACAAAUACUCCAAGAAUAUGAAAUAAGAUCUUAAUGAAUGGAGGAAUAUUCUGUGUUCUUAAAUGGGAGAUUUAAUAGUAAAAGAAAACAAAAAACAGUUCUCUCCAAAUUAAUAUAGACAGCACAUUUCCAGUCAAAAUCUAGGUCGGGGAGGGGGACCCAAUGAAAUGAAGUGAAAUUAUUUUAAAGUUUUACAUUGUAGAAUUCAGUCUAACAAUAGUUGAGAGACUUGAUUUAGAAAAUAUUAAAACUUGUCAGCCAUGGUGGCCUCCCAGCACUUUGGGAGGCCACUGGGAGGCCAACGCAGGUGGAUCAUGAGGUAAAGAAUGUAAGACCAAUCUUACCAACAUGAUGAAACCCUGUCUCUACUAAAAAUACAAAAGUUAGUCGGGUGUGGUGGCAUGCUCCUGUAGUCCUAGUUACUUGGGUGGCUGAGGCUGAGAAUUGCUUGAACCCAGGAGGCAGAGGUUACAGAGAGCCAAGAUCACACCUUUGCAGUGAAGCCUGGGCGACAGGGCGAGACUUCAUCUCAAAGAAAAAAAAAAAAAACUUACUACAAAGUUACUGCAAUUAAAAACCAAAGGUGAUAUUAACACGGUAAUGAAACAGUAGAACCAGUAUGGAGAGACUAGCAACAGGGCCCAGUAUGUUACAGACUUAGUAAUUUGUUAAAGUUGGUAUAGAUAUCUGAAACCUUCGGGCUAGAUGCUUCAGAAUUAAUUUUUGGG